CGCAUCACAAACCUUAAAAACGCCGAACCGAAGUUUCACUUCCACUGGGAGUCGCUCCGGUGCGAUACCAGGGCAUAGCUCAUCUGCGGCUGGCUGAAUAUGGAUUGAUUCAAAUUAUCGGCAGAUAUAUCGUAAAUUUCAAUUGAAAUUAGCUUCUAAUUGAAAACCUCGGCACAUAAGAAGAAAUUCGAAAGGGACAAAAAGCCCCUAAUCCUCCAAUACCUGUGAAAUUUUCUAUGGUAAUUCGUGCUUUCUGAUCCAGACAAAUAUAUACAAAUGGCAUCUUCCGUUCUGUCCAGAGCUCUCUUAGCUCAUCGAUUCCUUCGAUCUUCUUCUACUCACUUUCACAAACCCAAAUUCUUCACUUCCCCAUUCUCCAUGAGAUCAUUUCACUGGUUGUUGGCUCCAUCCCAUUUGUCACAUAAGGCUUCAGGGUCUGUUUAUUGUAGCAUGACUUCAUCAGCAGUAGCCUCACAAGCUUCAUUCUCCAUGCAGUCCCUGCCAGCCAACGAACCUGUUGUUUCAGUGGAUUGGCUCCAUGCCAACCUUCGAGAACCUAAUGUGAAGGUGUUGGAUGCAUCCUGGUACAUGCCAGAUGAACAGAGAAACCCAGUUCAAGAAUAUCAGGUGGCACAUAUUCCUGGUGCUCUUUUCUUUGAUGUUGAUGGCAUAUCAGAUCAAACUAGCAAUUUGCCUCAUAUGUUGCCAUCGGAAGAAGCAUUUGCUGCUGCUGUUUCUGCCCUUGGCAUUGAGAAUAAGGAUGGGCUUGUUGUGUAUGAUGGAAAAGGAAUUUUCAGUGCAGCUCGUGUUUGGUGGAUGUUCCGAGUUUUUGGUCAUGACAGAAUUUGGGUUUUAGAUGGAGGCCUGCCAAGAUGGCGUGCUUCAGGAUUUGAUGUUGAAUCAAGUGCGUCAAGUGAUGCUAUCUUCAAAGCUAGUGCUGCCAGUGAGGCAAUAGAGAAAGUAUACCAAGGACAGCAUGUUGGGCCAUUUACCUUUGAAACCAGAUUUCAGCCACAUUUGGUUUGGACACUUGAACAGGUCAAGAAAAAUGUGGAGGAGAAAACAUAUCAGCAUGUAGAUGCUCGUUCAAAAGCUAGAUUUGAUGGGGCUGCACCAGAGCCUCGAAAGGGUAUCAGAAGUGGCCAUGUACCAGGGAGCAGAUGUAUUCCUUUCGCCCAGAUGUUAGAUGGUUCACAGACACUCUCACCUGCAGUUGAGCUCAAGAAAAGAUUUGAGCAAGAAGGAAUUACAUUGGACAAACCUGUGAUAACUUCGUGCGGCACUGGUGUAACUGCAUGUAUUUUGGCAUUGGGCCUCCACCGACUAGGGAAGACAGAUGUUCCGGUAUAUGAUGGUUCUUGGACAGAAUGGGGAGCAAAAGACGAUACCCCUGUUGAAUCCUCUGAAGAAUAGGCAGACGAUGCUUUUGAUGGUGCACAUCAGAAGGUUUGAUAUACUUAUAUGCCAUUGUUGAUUAUGACGAGAGCUUUUAUCAGACAGACAUCAAAGUAUGGACACUGGAAUUAUUUCUGAAUCGAAUCUAAGCGUUUCUUUAUAGUCCUUUUGACGUUGGUGGUACAAUGUUUCUUUGUUUAAAUGUUAAAUGUGUAGAGCAUAUGUCAAUGCAUCAAAAAUGUAAUUUGAUUCAAAUAACCGUUUUGCUAGAA